AUGAACGCCAGCAUCCAAGAAAUGACGUGCCAACCGGUCGAGGUCGACGGCUUCGGCUCCGCCGCCGACGACGCUUGGCUCGACCAACACACUGCACCCAUGGACGGCGAGGAAGAGACUGGGGCACAUCCCUAUCAAGCUGCGGCUCUCAAAGCGUACCUAAAAGGCGACUCCAAACCAUCCGAGACAGCUGCCGCCAUGACCAAGCCUCAUGACUCCGAGAAGAAGACCGACCUGCGAGACCGCGUACUGGGCAUAAUCGAAGACGCGCUUUUGGAGCUGCCCGAAAGUCACACGCCCGCCCUCGUCGUCCUACUAAAGGAACUUAGCCAGCUACCAGACGAAGAGGACGGCGACCCAGUCUGGAAAAGUCUCAGGAGUUUCGGCAACUCGUGGUCAGAUGGAUGGAAGCAGAGCCACUGGCGCAAAUCGUUGCCGAUGCGGGAUCUAGCCAUAAGAGCGAAGAGGCGCGAGGCCCACGUGCACCAGGCUUUUGUGGAGGCAUCUUGUGCAAUGGCUGCUCCGGGACCGAAUGCUGAAGAUGGUCUCUUGCCACUGAGCUGGGGCUAUGAGUGCAUCUCCGAGGCGCUCGAAUGCCAGGAUGCAGUGUGGGACUUUGAGGUACCUGCUGCGGCGGUGUGGAUUAAGGUAGCCGGGGAAAGACUCAGAGAGGGCGCGAAGAAAGGUGAGAAGUCCUGGGCGUUGGAGAGAGAGGGGAGGCUUUGGACGGCGGGACCGAUGAGCAUGGAUCGGUGGAAUUUCUGGUUGAAAAGAUUCCAGGAGAUUGAGAAGAUUGGCAAGGUCAUCUCGACAACGGCCAGUGAAGGUGCACAGGAUGCUCGAGCCCAGGGUAAGGAGUAG